GCAGCAGCAGUAACAGCGGCGCUGCAUUUACUUACGCGGACUCCUUUAUUUUUAUGUAUCGCAUUAUAUUUUCGUUCGCUCGUGGAGUCGUGCGCACGUAUAAGUAGUCGAACCAUCGCUUCCGCAGAGCACCGCUGUCGCCACCGCCACCGCGACGCUCAUUAAAAUAAAGGCACACACACACGCGCACGAAAUGUGCACUUAUCUUCACGCUUUAAGCUGUGCGUGUGUUCGUGUGUGCAAGUGACUUCGUAUCAUACGCUCGACGGUCUGCAGUCAUAUACCGCCGCAUUCGGCGUUCGGCAUGUAUCGCAUACGGUGUUCCGAUAUCAAUUGAUGGAUGUGGCACAGUAUACGACCAACACUUGGGUUGUUACGUGCCAAGUGCAUUCGUUUCGGUGACUAUUUUUCUCGUCGCUUCUGCUGAAUUCCUUACUUAUAUUUACUCAAAGUUAAGGACAAAAACCUCUCACGCAUAUAAAGUCAAUCAACUAUACAAACAUCAUUAAUUGGACUUCGUCGGUGGAAAUAAUAGCAACUGAUCAAAAUAUCAGAUUAUUACACCAUGGAAUACGAAACUGAUGUGGUUGAUUUAAGCGUGGGGAAUAGCAGGAGAGAGUCACCUAGUAUAUCUCUUAACUUAAUUCCUGCAUCAUCGAAUGCAACCAAUUCAGCAACUAAUGAGCCUAGGGCAGUUCCAUUAAAUUUAGGUGGUAAUUGCGUAAAUAAUAUAAAUACUGAAAGCAACAUGCCGAAAGCAUCAAGAAAUAUUCAGAACUCCUCGAGGGGGAUUCUGGCUAAUCAAUCUCGCAAUGAACGCCAAACUAGACGUAAUCUCAGACCUAGAACUGAGAGAAGUUAUGCAGAAAGUCCUGAUGAACACAGAAUGAAUGGCUAUCUUAAUGGAUCACUCACUAAUGACAAUGAAAAAGAUGAUGCUGUCGAAAUGCAUCCAAUUAAAGAACUCACUCCUGAAGAAUUAGAAGAAAAAGAAAAGCAAUUGAGAAAAUUGAGAGAAGAAGUAAGAACAGAAGAGAUGUUACUUGUGCUUUUAAAAAAAAUUAAACAAUCACAGCUUAAAGAAAAUAUUGCUGCUGUACCAAAAGUACCAACUAAAUUACCACCCCCGCCUGUGACAAUGUCACCAGUGCCACCACCUUCGCAGCAUGGACACAGAACUGGCAAGGGUCCACCACCACUGCUUAGAGGUCAGCCAGCUCCCUCAAGAGGUAGCACCAGUAUGCAUGGUCCUCCCCCCGGAAUGCUGUUAACUCCAACUGGUGGUAGAAACUCCAUGUCUAGUACUGGAAUGGUUUCAAAUAUGGUAAUACCUCAUCCCCCACACCCAAGAGGGAGAAACACUGUCAACACAUCAAGUUCUUAUCAUUCUGCGGACCGCACAGAGAGAUCAACCAAAGACCCAAUGCCAUCACCUGCCCAUCAGGUACACUUAAAACUUAUUGGAUCACAAGAUAACAAAUCUGCUGUGCCUCAUACACCUGUGAUGCCUGAUCAGGAAAGAACCAGGGAAGAUCCACAAACUCCUGUGCAACGUCAAGCUGCAGCCAAACAGGCUUUAAGAAAACAACUAGAAAAAACCCUGUUGCAGAUUCCUCCUCCCAAGCCUCCACCACCAGAAAUGCAUUUUAUACCUAGCCCAUCAAAUCCAGAAUUUGUGUACCUUCUUGGUUUAGAGCAUGUGGUAGAUUAUAUAACUAAAGUACCUCCAACACCUCCACCAUCAGAACCAUUUGAGUGCACACAGUGUAAAACAGACUUCACAACCCUCUGGAAAUGGGAGAAACCAGCUAGUAGCAAUAAAAAAGAUGGACAAACGGGUCAUGCAACUUUCCAAAAACCAUCAGCUGGUCCUAGAGAUCCUAGAGUUAUUUGUGAACAUUGUGUAACUACCAAUGUUAAGAAAGCUCUCAAAGCUGAACACACUAAUCGAUUGAAGACGGCGUUCGUCAAAGCUUUAAAACAGGAAAAAGAAAUUGACGAAAGGUUAGCGCAGACGACAAGCGCUAGUCCAGAUCCACCUGUACACAUAUCUGUUUUACCUAAAUCUGUACCUAAAGUACCAACCCCUACAAGACGUUCCACUCCACCAGUUCCACCGCAGCAAAUGCCACAGAUUUCAGCAACUCCUCCUGCAUCUAAAGCUUUGCAAGAUCAGCAGGCACUCGCUAAAUUAGUUGAAUCUUCUAAAUAUGGACACCAAGGAUUUGCAAAUGUUGCAGCAGCUGCUGCGCAACAAUUACAACAACAGCUUUUACGAGAAUUGUCGAAGUCUUCCCCAGUAGGUGGAUUAAAUCAACAUCAAUCAAUAGGGCCUCAUAUGAUGACCUUUAAUCCUCUACUGUACCCGUACCAACUUGCUCACCAAAUGGCUCAGGCCAGCGCACAAAAUAACGCCGGUAAAAAUUUAGCUGCAGAGCUUCAUCGACAUACUGCUGAUAUUCAACGACAAUAUUUGUUGGAUAUGAUACCCUCUCAAGCAGCCCAAAAUCAAUCCAAUCAAACUCCUUCACGAGCUCAUCCGCACAACUGGAAAACGUAACCAGAAGUAGUGAAUCGUCACUUAAACUUGGACACGCUUCGAUUAACGUAAGGCUCUGAACUAGUUUUUCAACAUUCAGAUAGUAUAAAAAAGGCUGAAAAAAGAGAGACCGAGAGACUUGUAUUUUAAUUCAGUCGCUGCUGUCUUAGCCACACGUACACAUUUGCACCUGUGUCUCUGAAAAUGUGCUUAUUAAUACUGAUAACAUUUUCUUUUCUUAUAACUGAAGAUACAAAUAUUUUUGACAAUGACGUCAAAAAAAUUGACUGUGUUAAGUGUAUUUUUAAUAUUAGGUUGAAAUUAUACGAAAGCGAGUAUAAAAACAUGCUUUGAACACUGAUUAUUUAUUAAAAACAGUGGUGUGAAGUUGAGUGUGUAAAUUUAUCUAUCUUUUGAUUGAAAUUAUGUUUGUAAUUAAAACAUAAUUAUUCAAUAGUGUCAAUGAAAUGGAAAUAGAAUUGAAUUUUUAUUUGGGAAAAAAUAUUACACAAAAUAAUCCAUCAGGAGUAUUUUAUGAGUUAAGAUUGGAUUAACAUUCAUAAUGACAAUCGACUGGUUUAAUAUUAAAUUAGUAUUAAUUUCUUAAAAAUUAGUAGAAGGUUGUAAAGGUUAAUUAAGGUAAAAUACAAAUGUAUAAUAUAUACGUAGGUAUUUCGAUAGCUUUUGCAAGCAUGCAAUUUGUGAUUUUUCACGAAAAUGAUUUAAUUUAGAUGAUCAAAUUAAGAUUUUUUUCAGAAAUGUAAAUUUCGAAAUGUUAAAAUUUUUCUAUAACUAUAAUCAGGUGAUCAGGUGUAAUUAUUAAAUAUUUAUGCGAUAAUUUAUUAACACAGAUUAUUAUUUAAAAAUUAUGACGUAUUAGGAUUCUGAUCUAUUACUACGUAUUAUCAAUCAAAUGAUAAAUAUGUUUUCAAACAAAUAUGAUACAUUUUUGUAUCCAUACUUUAAGAACAUUUUUAAUCGGUUAUUUUUAACUGCUGUUUUAGCAAUGAUAAAUUAUAAUAUAUACUCUGGUCAAGCAAUUUGUAAACAAUAUUUAUUAUAGCAAAAAUGGACUUAAUUUUUUUUAAUUUUUUUUCUAAUAUAAUUUUUUUUUUCAAGUACUAUUACAAUGUUCUAUAACAAUUACAAUACUGGCUGUGUCUAACCGCAUUUCUUCACCUUUCACUCACACGCACAGAACCUACUUCACCAUCGGUUUUCAAGUCAAUUAUAUUGUACUGCAACAUUCGGAAGACAGCGUUUUUAAACAAAAACUUAUAAUUUAAACUCAUAAUAUAAAUAAAAACUCAUGGAAGUCUAUUUUACUCGUCUAUACUAAAUAUUUUUCUUUGUGUAUAAGUAUUGAAUGAUCACUUUUUCCAUACUAUUAAUUACGAAAAAGUGAAAGCAAGUAAACUGAAUUAUGCUGAUCGUUUAUAGAUAAAUGUACAUUGGUAUGACACAAAUUUAAAUUUAAUGUAUAACUAUAUUUUAGGUAAUAAGGUAUUUGAAUCUCUUUUAAAUAUGUAUUUCAUAAAAAGCAAAAACUCGAAAAUACAAACGUCGAGGUACAAAAAUUCGUAUGAUUAUAUCUCUGUAAGGGUUGAAUCAUCUGUUUAUCUAUUUAAAAUACUUGAAUCAAAUUAACGAAGUCAUAUGUAAUCGAAAUACCUUUAAAAAACAAAAACAUCACGCUCUGUACAUGCGUAAAGAGAAGGAAAAAUUAUUAAGUAUUUAAAAAAAACUCGUGCAAUUUAAUAAGCGCGCAUUCACAUUAACAAACGUAUGUAUUUAUCGUCACCUGAAACAAACUAGUCUACUUCAAAAAUUACUUCAAAUAAUGUCCAAAUAAUUUAUUGAAGAGCAGUAAAAAUUUGGAAUUUCUUUCGAGUUCAAAAAAAUCUUUUUUGACGUCAUAGAAAUUGAAGUACUCAAUUCCCAGCCAAAUUAUUUAAUGGACUAGUUUUUCUCUCGGGUGUUGAUAUAAUAAUAUGAUAUCGCGCUGUCUGUAUAAUAAUUAUAUAUAUAAAUAAUAUAUAUAUAAUAUUAUAAUGGCGAAACGAUGCGAUUAUGAAAGAGAAGGCAUUACGUGUAUAUUACAGUAUCCCGAUCGUAUUAUACGACUGAGCUCAUGUUGCUUUUCGAUAUUUGUUGAUUGUUUUAUAAACCAAUCUUGCUGCACCUCAAUGAACAUCUCUAUAGCUAAGAAGUUCUUUUUCCACAGCAGUCGAAAAGAUACACAUGUGGUUUCCAAAACAUGACGACAAGAGCUCGAGCAAAGAAUAAUUAGUUUCUCGAAAUGGACAAAUAAUUUUUCCGCUCCAACAAGAAAAUUAAACUUGACUGUUCUUGCCGCAUUCAAUCUAAUAGGAUAAAUUUACGAUCUAUCAUCGCCGAUUUUUACAUUAUCAUGAAAAAAAACUUGAUAAAGUUAACGAUAAAAAUAUGUAUAUCUAUUGUAUACGUAUAUACACUAUACAUAAUAUAAUUAUUAUAUACGUAUUCACUUUAUGCGAACGAUUUAUCCACACUUUUUCCUUUUAAUUGACAAAAAAGGAAAAUAAUUUGUACAUAAAUUAUUACAUACAACUAUUCUAUGAAUAUAAGUGUAGGUUUUCUUUAUUAUAUAUUAUCAUUAUUAUUAUU